AAAUAUUAAAAAUAAUUAUUAUUCUUCUAAAAAUAAAGAACUUAUGUAUGAAUUACUCGAAGCUAAUACAUUUAAACGUGUUGAUGAAAUAUUUGAUGAAUUAAAAGCAUCUGAUAAAUUAAAUAUUAAUAGUAAUUAUACAAAUAAAGCACCUGAUAAUACAAAUAUAGCAGAAGCAAGUCAUACUAAUAUAAACUGUGAUGGUAAAGCUCUUUCUUUAGAAAAUGCAAUUCUUAA